ACAAGUCUUUGCUACCAUCCUCACAAGCCAUGUAUUCUUCUCCGAUUUCAAAAUGUCACGGUCUUGCUCGAUUGUGCGGUGGACUUCACUUCGUUCAACUCCUUUUUGCCAUAUGUUUAUGAUGAGAGAACGUUUCCAAAUGCAAUAAAUCGGAAUCCUCUGGAAUGGAAACCCUUUUACUCAAAACCGGUUAUGGAGCAAGCCUUGGCCAGAAUCACCACAGUUUCCUUCAAUCAAUCCGUUGAAUUGGAAGGUGGCGUUUCGGUUAUUGCCUGUCCCAGUGGCUACUCCAUUGGAUCUUCAAAUUGGGUUUUCAAAACGGAAUAUGAGCGGAUAGGAUAUCUCGCAUCUUCAUCGAUUCGUUCAACGCAUUCGCGGCCGGUUGAAUGGGAGAAACUUCAAGAUUGCGACGCCCUGAUUUUGACAUCUCUGAGCAGAACCCCAGACUUCAGUUCUGAGGGAGCAAUAAUUGAAGUAGCUCAAACUGUUGUGGAUACGUUGAAGAGAGGUGGCAAUGUCCUUAUGCCAGUAAACCCUGUUGGCUUCGUCUAUGAUUUGAUUGAUGUUGUCUCCAGGAGCAUAGAUAAUGCGGUGAGGGUUAAGACUCCUCGUUAUUCUUUCCUCCAAUACGCUCAUUGCGAACGAGUUCUUAUUCAGGGAGGAGCUAUUUUGGAAGCACGUAUAUAUUUCAUUUCACCUGUUGCGAAAGGUGCUUUAGCCUACUCGAAUGUAAAUGCUGAAUGGCUCGCGGAAACACGCCAAAAUGCUGUGUACGUUCCAGAAGAACCAUUCUGUCACACUGCGGUGUUGACUGGUCAUCCCUCCCUCCGCAUAGGUGACGCGCCACAUUUGUUGGAAAUGUGGGGAAACGAUUCCAGGAAUGCUCUGAUUAUGACGGAUCCCGACUUUCCAUUGAAUGAAGUGUAUGCACCCUUCGAAGAUCUUGCAAUUCGAGCAUUCUAUUACCCAAUCGAAACUCGUCUGGAGUUUUCACAAGUGAAUACCGUUCUGCUCCCCGUGGAGCUGAAACCUAAGGUAAACCUUCUCUACAUCGAAACCAUUAAAAUAAUAUAG